CUAUCUUCCCUUACAGCUCAACGUCGAAAGAUAACUCAGUACAUGCAUGUUUAAGAUGGCACAAGGGUUUGAUUUGACACCAAAACCAGAAGCGAGCACAGCUGCUCAGAUUAGUGACGCCGAAUCAGAUUCCGCUGGACUCAGUCCUUUGAACGGGGUUACCUCGGACGACUCCCUCCCAUCUACACCCGGUCUUGUGCCAGUUCCCGAUGUGCAUGUCUUAGUUGGCACCUUUAACCUUGCAACUCGAAUUCCCAACCCGACUAUCAAUGACAUUCCAAAUCUUCUUCCAUGGCUCAGUCCACCGCCGUCCACUUCUGGAACACCCACGCCUGAUCUAGUUGUGGUGGGAUUUCAGGAGCUACUCUCUCAGUCGCGAGCCGCUUGGCUACCAACCCGCGAAUGUUCGCACGGGCUUGCGAAGCUAGCAGUUAAACACGAUCAAGGGCGCCUGAAAUGCCUGGACAAUUGGGUUCAGCUUAUUCAGGAUGCGCUACAAGCAAUAUAUGGCGGAAACGGGACAGUUGAUGAUAACAGCGACGCGAAAGGGCAAAAUGAAAAUGUCACGAGAGUAGGGCAUACCAACAAUACGUCGAGGUCGAAUGGCGACAGCGUCUCGUCGGAAGAGAACAACGACACUACUCAAUCGUUGCGUAGAAAUUAUCGCGAAGGGGAUUCUUCAAACGCAAGGGAAAUUCGAUACGAACCCUACUGCAUUAGCCGUAUGGUUGCGUUAGGUCUUUUAGUGUUCAUCCGUGUAGAUCGGCUCUCACAUGUUAAAGUACGGGGAGUAUGGGAAGCAUCUAUGGGGACAGGGCUAAUAGGGACCUACGGUAACAAAGGCGUCGAAGGUAUCGGAUUGGAUCUUGACAUUCUCGACACGCACUUCUACAGUCGCAGCAUAUCGAUUUGCUUUGCAAACAGCCAUUUAGGACCGCACGAAGGGUUCUGGUAUUACAACUGGCGGAAUGAGGAAGUCCGACAUCUCUUCGAAACCUUGCUUUUUACAUCUACUGCCGCACCGUACAACGUCCGUAGCGUGCACGAUUUCAGUGCGACGUUCUUCUUUGGAGAUAUGAACUACCGUUUGGCUGGGGCGGGCGUAAAGCCGAAAGAGGUGCGUAAAGCUUUUCGGGAUGGUGUUAUCAAACGAAUCGACGAGGGUGCCGUUAAGGAUUUACUGGAAAUGGACGAACUAUCACUUAUCCGCGAACGGCAACGGUUUGAGCCUCUAGCUGGGUUCUUGGAACCACCUAUCACCUUUCUACCAUCAUACAAGUUUAAUGUCGGCAUAAAUGCGAAACUGGGUUCCACCUCAGCCGCUGAUCGCUACUCAAAAACGCGCAUGCCCGCUUACUGUGAUCGAAUCCUGUUCCGCGCCACUGAUUUGUCGCAACCGCGACCGUUCAAUGCACUUGUCACCCACACACGAUCCCAAAUGAUCACCGAGGACAAUUGGAAGGCAGCGCGGGCAUACACGACAAAUUGCAUUCAAUGGCUAUAUUACCACUGUGCAUCUGACGUAGUGUGGAGCGACCAUAAACCCGUUGCGGCACUGUUCUCCUUGAAGCUUGAUCGUCUCUCGACUGAGCGACAUGCAUCGAGGGCCUUGAAACCGGAGGAAGAGGACAAGCUAAUGGAAUGGGUGACAAAAGAGAGAAGAAAGCGAUUCAAGAACGCUCUGUAUGGCAGCUGGGUGUUCAGAUUGAUUGCUGUGGUGUUCGUUGGGUGCUUGGUCUGGUGGAUACCAAAUAUGGCCGAUUGGAAAAGAUUGUGGGCUACCUACAUGCCUAACAGGUUGAUAGACGAACUAUCCUUGGGAAAGAGAUGAGCUGGACAAUGUCCUAAAAGUGACAGUCCAGCAGUAGAGUACAAAUGUAAAUUACAAUAAGCGUUUCGCAGCUCAGAAAAUCCUUUGACCAGAGUCUAGGGCCCUGUACAGACAAAUUAUACAAAGAAUGACUUAAUGCUCUCGAGCACCAACC